CUCCAGGAUCAGAUCUGCUCUGGACCCGCUGCACUGUUGCUCGCACCGCGGCGGACAGCGGACACACGCAUCCUGCUAUGGAUUAGAAGAAAACGUCUGCUGAAGUUUAUUUUUAUUGCUGUGCAGUUUUUAAGAUUUAAAAAUUCGCUGAUUUGGAAAAAAAAAAAAAGAAGAAGAAGAAGAAAAAGAGAGAAGCGGUGAGAAAUGGCAAGUCCUCCGGCGACGGGAGGACACCUGUUAUCUAAUGGGACGAACGGGGUGAAGAAGUGCGGCUACCUGAGGAAGCAGAAACACGGACACAGACGCUUCUUCGUGCUCCGGGAGCCCACGGAGCGCUGCGCCGCGCGCCUGGAGUACUAUGAGAGCGAGAAGAAAUGGAGGAACAAGUCGGCGGCCAAGCGGGUCAUAACUUUGGACUCGUGUCUGUGCGUAAACAAACGGGCCGACGCCAAACACAAGCACCUGAUCGCCCUCUACACCAAGGACGAGUACUUCGCGGUGGCUGCGGACAACGAGCAGGAGCAGGAGAGCUGGUACCGGGUCCUCACGGAUCUAAUAGCUGAGGGGAAAGUGUACGACAGCCCCGCGUCCACGUCCUCCUUAGUGGGCUUUGAAGAAUCCAGCUACGGACUGCUUUCUCCCGCUACAGCUGUCUAUAAGGAGGUAUGGCAGGUCAACUUGAAAUCCAAAGGCUUGGGUCAGAUCAAGAACCUCACUGGAGUGUACCGGCUGUGUUUGUCCAGCCGGACCAUCAGCUUCGUCAAACUGAACUCUGAAACAGCUGCUGUCAGUUUACAGCUCAUGAACAUCAGAAGAUGCGGCCACUCAGACAGCUUCUUCUUCAUCGAGGUGGGCCGGUCGGCGGUCACCGGGCCAGGGGAGUUCUGGAUGCAGGCAGAGGACUCGGUGGUGGCGCAGAACAUCCAUGAGACCAUCCUGGAGGCCAUGAAGGCCAUGAAGGAGCUCUCUGAGUUCAGGCCGAGGAGCAAAAGCCAGUCUGCCAGCACCAACCCCAUCUCUGUGCCCACACGACGCAACCUCAACAACCUCCCCCCCAGUCAGACGGGCCUGGUGAGGAGGUCCAGGACGGACAGCAUGGCGGCCACGUCUCCAGGGAGGAAGUUCACGUCCUGUCGGAUAAGAACGGCCAGCGAGGGGGACGGAAGCGUGACCCGGCCGGUGUCCAUGUCCAUAUCUGUGAACGGGAGUCCCACCAGCCCCAACUCUUCGAACCACCUCAGCAGGUCCAACACCCUCAGCAGCGGACGCACCUGCAGGAUGCUGGAGUCCACCUCCAACCUGCAUCACAGCCGCUCUAUGCCAGUUUCUAACUCCCCUCCUGCUGCCUCCAGCCCCAUCAGCAUGUCUCCCAGAGGGGGGGCCAGUAUCUCCACUCCUGACAAAGCCAGGCGGCCCUUCAGCUGCAGCGCCUCCAUCUCCGGCUCCCUCAGCGACACCGGCUUCAUGCUCUGUGAUGAUUACAGCUCCAGCCCGGGGGAGCCCAGGUUCCUCCCGCUGACCCGCAGCGACACCCCGGACUCCCUGUCCAGCACGCCUCCGUCCCGGGACACCAGCGACCCCUGUGGCUACAUGAUAAUGGAAGGAGCAAAUGGCAGCAGGUCUGGAUAUGAGGGUCUGGCUUACAGGAAGCGAACGCACUCCCUGACCACGCCACGGCAGCAGAAGGUGGUGACGCCCCUCUCCUCGGCCUCUCUGGAUGAGUACACAUUAAUGAGGAUGGCCCACGGACACAACUCCCACUCCGCCUCCCCGAAAGUGUGCUACCCCGAGGAUUAUGGAGACAUAGAAAUAGGCUCAUCCAGAAGCUCCAGCAGUAACCUUGGCGACGAUGGCUACAUGCCCAUGACGCCAGGUGUAGCACCUCCGUCUGGCAAAGCAGACAACUACGUGCCCAUGAGCCCCAUGUGUGUCUCAGCACCGAAGCAGAUUGUGAACCCCAGGGUGCAUCCGCAGGCAGCAGCCAGUGGCGGCUACAAGACCAACUCCCCCUGCAGCAGCUCUCUGGAGGACAACGGCUACAUGAGGAUGUGGUGCGGCUCCAAAUCCUCCAUCGAGAGCCCGGACAGACACGGUGAAUACAUGAACAUGUCACCUGGAAACCCACCCCCACUCCAGACGCCCCCUGAUUACUACCUGGGCCUGCUGGCAGCUGAGCCUGCAUCAGUCAGGCCGGCCUACCAGACCGGCUCCCUCACGCUACCUGCUAAGCUUCAAGCCUCCAAGAAUGAAGAUAACAGCCAGUAUGUGCUAAUGAGCCCGCAGAGUCUGAGGCAGAGGGCAGUGGAGUCAGACUACUAUUCAGUGAUGCAGCCCAGUGCAGCUCAGACGUCACCGCUGAGCCCCUCGGUACCCUCCCCGGUCCGACACAGCCGGGCAGAGAGCCUGCCCUACAGGGGGAGGCUGGGCCGGCCCAACAGGCUAUCUCUGGACACCCUGAGAACCCUGCCCAGCAUGAACGAACACCCCCUCCCCGGAGAGCCCAGGAGUCCCGGGGAGUACAUCAACAUCGACUUCAGCGGCACCAGAUUCUCGCCUCCCUCCCUCGUCUCCACAGAGAGCCAGUCUUCAUCACUGGGCUCCAGCGGCGGGGGCCCGGGGAGGUCAUCUCUGACAGACUACAUAAACCUGGAGCUGGGCUCACGCUCACCCAAGGAGGCUGACACUCCCGCUGAGCGCUUGGACACACUCCCAGAGUUAUCCAUGUGCCCCUGCUCAGAGGAUGGAGUGUACCAUGUCGAUAGUGAGAAAGGCUCUCAGGGCCUCGGCGAUGAGGUGAAAAACGACUACACUGAGAUGACGUUCGGGAUGACCAGCUCGCCGCCACAGCUGGUUCCUCAGAACACAGUGAGCAGCCAGAGCAGCAGGGAGCGGAGGCUGUCUCUGGAGGAUCAGGGUGUCCCAGAACACAUUGGGGUUUUCCUGCUUGGCGCCGCUUCCUCCUCCACAGUGGACCCUGACUGCUCUGCCAAGGUCAUCCGGGCCAAUCCGCAGGGACGUCGGCGCCACAGCUCCGAAACCUUCUCCUCCACCGCCACCGUGACGCCGGUCUUCCCCUCCUUUGCCCGCGGCGACGCGGUGAAGAGGCACAGCUCGGUGGAGAACAUCUCCUCCCGGAGCAGCGAGGGCUCCGACGAGGAGUACGGCAGCCCGGUGAACCGGCAGAACUCGGCCGGCUACCCGAACGGACUGAACUACAUUGCCUUGAACCUGCUGGACAACAGGGAUGUGGAGAAAUGUGAGGACCUGGUUGGCUUCAAACCCACCAGCAGCUGCAAAGGGGGUAUCAAUGGAUUACACAGCUCACCAUAUGUCUGUUUGGGAUUCAAGGAGGCUGCAACCACUGCCAAAGACUGAAGGACUCGUCUGUCCUCGGAUCCUCUUGGCAUCUUGACUGACCUGCUGCUGAAAAAACAAAACAAACAGAAUCUACUUUGCCCUUCCACUGGGCUGUUUGGCCCGAAAGACUGUCUGGACCCUCACAAACACACACGUUGAACAAGCAGGUCACCAUCUAUGCAUGUCAUGAAUUUGCUGAAGGCAGGACAGGUGUGUGUGUCUGUGUGUGUGUGAAUGACUGGUUGUGUGUGUGUGUGUGUGUGUGUGUGUCUGGGUGUGUGUGUGUGUGUGUCGGUGCGUCUCAUGUUCCCUGCACUUUUAGAGGCCAUUUCUCCUGUGACCCAAAUUUUGGCACAAGCACAGAAGCAAAGAUAGUCAGACAAUAACAGAACUCUAAUGGUACCAGAUCCUAUUUAUUUACUUGAGGGUAGUUUUACCUGCGUGUGUGCGAGUGUGUGUUUCUGAACGUACGACCAACUGGUGUGCCAGUGAACAAGGAAGCCUGCUACGGAGAUGGCCCAGAGGGAGGAAACCAAGGUACACUGAGUAUAUAACUAUAUUUAGAUUAGAUAUUUUAUUUAUUUUUGGAUGAUGAAUGUCUGAUAAGACCUACCCGAUGCCUUAAUGUCUAUACUGUCCUUAUGUUUUCUAUGAAAUAAGCGAUAAAUAUUCUAUUAUGGUAUGUCUGUUUGGACCUACAUCUCUAUAUUGUUAUUAUUCUCUUGUGGAAAGUUAAAUGCCUAGUUUACCAUUCUAAUAUAUGAUUUCAGACAUGUACAGUACAGUGGGGCUGCUCCAGAUCUGAUUUAUUGUAUUGAUAUUAAAGUAUUUUCUUAAUUACUAAUUUCUUAUUCCUUCUAACCUAGUUUAUUUUUUUGUCCAAUCAAAAGCGCUGGACUUAAAGAAAUAUAUUUCUAAUUGUCUCUAGGAGUUCUGCAUGUCUUUAUAACUCAGCUCAGACCCCCCACAGCACCAGGCAUCUGAAUGCACUGUACCUCCCACAGUUCCUCAGUCACUUGAGCCUGCAAACCUCACACACUCCUACCUUCAAACCUACGGCCUGCUGUUUUAGCUGGACGCACGCCGCCCUGCUGUGAUAUCAUUUGACUGUACAACUGUCUAGAUGGGUGAUAGCGGAGGGGUGGAGCCAACGGAAAAACUGUGGAGGUUAAAGGGGCACAGUUGAGACGGUUUCAGUCCAGCGAGUGAGACCUGAAGUAAAUCGGGGGAGGAAGGGGCGCCGAGUGGUGGGAGAGCCACAUCUGGCACCAUCAUGGAGGUUCACCGGAGAAUCAUCUGUCUGGAAAAUGUAAUAACCUGGCAGACAGAAUAAAAAAAUAAGAGCUGGCUGAGGAGGAUUAUGUAAUGUUCUAAACUAAAGCAAGACUAUGUAACUGUAACACUGCAUAAGAUUAAACUGUGUACAGGAUAGAUGCUAAAUGUAUGUAGCAUUUAGCAGAAGGGGACAAUCAAGUUAGCAAACAGUUAACUUGUAUAAUACAACUGUUUCCAAUGUUUGCUUACAAUAUUCACUGUUAGCUAGCAUUGCUCAAUGUUAGCGUCUGGCUUGUGUUAGCUAACAUUAUCCAAAUUUAGUUACAGGCUAGUAUUAGCCAGUAUUAUUCAACGUUAGCAAGUGGCUGACAUUAGCUAUCAUCAGCUAACAUUACUCCACAUUAGCUUCUGGCUAGCAUGAUUCAAUGUUAGCUUCUGGUGUGUAUUAGCUAACAAUAUCCAAAUUUAGUUACUGGCUAAUAUUAGCUAGCAUUAUUCAACGUUAACGAGUGGCUGACAUUAGCUAUCAUUAGCUAACAUUACUCCACAUUAGCUUCUAAAUGAUUCAAUGUUAGCUUCUCGUGUGUAUUAGCUAACACUAAUAUUAGCGAGUAUUGUUCAACAGUAGUUAGUGGUUGAUAUUAGCUACUGUUAUUCAGCAUUAGCUUCUGGCUAGUGGUCAUACCAGAGUAAUUAUGGUAGCAGCAAAACCCUUGACUGUAAUGAAUUGAGCAACAACGUUUUAUCCGCAUGAACUAGUAACAGGAAACUCAUUCUUUUAAAAAGUUUGACAGCUUCUUAUUAAAAUUUACUUUUCAGGAUGCUAAUGUUCAUGUAAUGCUAGAAUAAGUUCACAAUAGUUGGAAAAAGUAAGCAAACUGACUCAGCAAUAUCAGUCUGCUAACGUUAGCUGACAUUAGCUACCAGUGACAAAAAAAAAUCUACAGGAAAAACUUUUUAUUUGUUCAGGGAAGAAUGUCAUAUUUCUUCUUUAGAUGUUACAUGGUCUUGUUUUUAAAUUUUGAUCGAUGGGGAAAACGGCAAACAGUAACCAAAAAAAAUUAAAAUCCUGCCGCUUCCCAAGAGCCUCCAAAAUGGCCACCAGGGUAUCCAUUAUUAACAUGAUUUAUAAAAGCGCCCUCUGCAUCCCGACUGUGGUCUUUCUGUCGUCCGCUGUGCCGACUCCAACUGGCUCACGACCCCUUUAGUGUACAGUAGAUUGUAAACCUUUGUCUGAAUGUAUCACUGAGCUGGUGGGAACACCGCAGAAAUAAUGUGCAAAUGGUUCUGACAAGAGUUGAAUAAUAACGGAGCUGUACCACGCCGAGUCGUGGAAUCUAUUUAUCUUCAGAGUCUUGAAUGUGUAUAUUAUGUACAUAGAAAGAGUUUAACUAAAAAAAGAUCUAUUGAACAUACAUAGAGGACUUAGAUUUUACCUUUGUUGCAAUGAUAUUCCUGUGUAAAGACUUUGGCUACCGAUUUUUAAAAGGGGGACGGGGUUUUUGCUUUGGGGUUGUACAGUGUAUUGUAUGCUUUUCUCCCUCACAGUCUCUGUGACUAUAUGAAAAAAAUAUUCUUUGUCUAUUUUAUUAUAGAGAUCUCUUUGCCUUGUCGACACACUUUACCUAAUGGCAUAUGCAAUAGUGACAUGAAUAAACUCUAGUUUACAACUGUGGAACCAAAUGUAACAUUGCAUUGAUUUAUUUUCUCUUUGUGUGACGAGCGGGAGCAGCUUUGCUCCGUGUACAUUUCUCUUUCUGCCAAGUGUUUUGUUUUUCAUCGCUGGGAUCUUUGUUCUGUCGAAAAGCGCUUUUUCCCAUCUCUGUGUCCACGGACGGAUUCUUCUUUGGUCUUGGAUUGACUCAGUUUGAAUGUGUUGUUGUCUUCCAUUGUACAUAGUUCAAUAUACUGUUUAUUGUGAUGCUCACAAGAGAGGAUUAUAAUGAUUUUUAAAUUCUGGUAGUUGAGUAUUGCUUUUGUCUGUAUUAAUUAUGGAUAGAAACCUACAGAAAUAAAUGAAUUUAUUUAAAGAGAUA